AUGACUCGUAAUGUUGCCGAGGCUGAAGUCAAAGAUAGUUCCGUACACAGCUAUGGCCCGCCUUCAAUUUUACUCUCACCGAAGCAAUUAGUAUUUAUCAUCAAUGAUCGUCAGGACAAUCCAGCAUCAAAUAUAUGCGAUCUUGACGUCAAUAAUCCUGCCAUCGAUAUUGAAGAGCUUCAUAUGACCCAAGGCGAGUACAGAGCUUGUCCAAAUUUUCUCCCAUCAAUUAAUACCCUCGAAUUCAAAGACAAGAUGAAAUUUCUCUACCUAUUUUCGCUUACUACCUAUUUGGCCAUAGCAUCCUACGCACACACUCUAAUUCCACGCAAUAUUGGAGCGAGUCCAUGUCAGGCCCAGACUCUCGCAGGCGCGACUUCUCUGCAACAGCCGCAGACUGCACAAAAGGUAGAGAUAUUUGAUUGUCGAGGAGUUGAAUUUGAAAAAACAAAAGUCCUUGAAGUGGCUGCUGUCGCAAGAGAAAAGCCAAUAUCGGACUCUAAAAAAACAGACUCGUAUCCCCGAAUAUUCGAUAAGUGGCUUUAUCCUGCUCGUGGACCCUACGUCCUCUAUCCUAUCAUGCUGGAUCACGAAAUCUAUGAUAGAGGUAUCUCCUUCACUACCAACUAG